ACUGCUGACCCGUCUAAGGCUGUUCUGUUUCUGUUGAAGAGAGAUUCCAAAUUUUCAUUCGUUAAGCACGCAGCCACGCACUUUUGUGUUCUCACACUCUCACAAGGAUCAGUUUACAUAUACAUAUACCCCCUAUCUUCUCUGGGUGCCGCCCAAGAUGUGACUGAGUGGUUAGGUUUCUCUUUAAUGCUGUCUAUAAAUGCUUGUACAUUUGUACGUGCACCCAUCAUUCCUUGGUCUUCUGUGGUCUCAAUAAGGUUGAUUUCUGUUUGAAAUUGUAAUCUCAUCUGUUGAAAACUGUUCAGAAUCGGGUUUCUUUGUUCCGAAAAGAAAAGAAGAACAAGAACGAGUUUUUUCUUGAAAGUUGAACGAAUUAAGUUGUCAUUUGUAAUUAUUCUAUUCAAAUCCUGAAAGUUUGCUGGAAAGCUUGCAGCUUUUCGAGAUAAGGUAUCUGUUCUUCUGUUUCCAUUUCCUUUGAGUAUGAAGACAGUUGUUACUGAAGCACUUCCAACUCCUAACUCUAUUAAGGUGCAUCGGUUAAUGUGCACAGAAUUAAUCAACUCAGUAAGUAGAGCUUCAAAAAUACUUCCAGCAAUAGAAGCAUCCCGGCCUCGAUGCAGAUCAGGGAUAGAGGCGCUUUGCUUAUUGAAUAAAGCCAUUGAGAAGGCGAAGUCAAUACUUAAGCAGUGCAGUGAAUCAAGUAAACUCUACUUGGCUCUGAAAGGAGAUGUUAUACUCUUGAGGUGUCAAAAGUCAUGGAGCUUAUUGGAGGUUAGCUUGAGCCAGAUUCAAAACAUGGUUCCCGUAUUGCUGGCUGCAGAGGUUGCUCAAUUAGUUGAUGAUCUUAGAGGUGCAAGAUUCAGCUUAGAACCAUCGGAAGAGGAGGCGGCUAAGGUCGUGAAAGAAUUACUUUUUCAGUGUGCAAAGAGCGAACUCGAGUCUGUUCAGGUUGCGAUGUGGAGGCUAAACAUUACCUCGCCGAACGCACUCUUGAUGGAGAAACGAUGCAUCAAAACGCUGCUGGACAACGUCGGUGAAGGCGACGGUCAAAAGAAGAAGAUUCUGUUGUUCUUGCUGGAUCUUCUGAGCAAGUAUGGGAAAGCAAUCCUGGAACAGAACACCGAGAAUGGCUACAAUCUGCAGCGCGAUCUUUUUCCAAUCCCCCCUGAUGGUUUCAAAUGCCCCGUAUCUUCGAGGUUGAUGUAUGAUCCUGUCGUGAUUGCUUCCGGGGAAACAUACGAGAGGAUGUGGAUUCAGAGGUGGUUUGACGCAGGCCACAACACAUGUCCAAAGACCGGGGAGACGCUUCCCGACUUGACAAUAACGCCGAACAAUCUGUUGAAGGGUCUGAUAUCAAAGUGGUGUGCAGAACAGGGAGUUGCUUGUUCUGAUCCCACCAGUAUAUAUGAUGCAGUUCCUCAUUCAUGGGAAGCUUCAUCUGCUUCCAUUGCAAGCCUGAACAGUUAUAUGGAUGGUCUGUCACUUCCCAUAGCUUUUACCAAUUUGUCAAUUGUUACAGAGGACCAUAGUUGACACCCUUAGAAGUUAUAACAUUAGAAUAGAAUUGUGUUCUAGUAGUGUUUUUGCCAAUGACCUCAUGGUCGAACGAUCUAAGGUCACAAGUUUGAUCUAUAAUCUCCUUGUGUAAAUAUAAAGUGUUUUUUUUGUGAGUUUUUGUAGUUUCGGAAAUUUCAUUAAUAAUGAAUUUCAUAUCAA